CCAUAGGGAAUUAUCAUAAUUAGUUGAUUGGAUAUUUUUAAAGGUCGAAUGGAAAAUUAUAUAAGCCUCUUACCUUGAAAGGGUCAUUCAAUCAUCAUGUCUAUCUCCAUCUCCAUGGCAAUUGGAGUGGUACUAAUCUUUUUAGCCAUGGUAUACACAAACAAAGUAGCAUGGGCUCAAUCCAUCGGUCAUUGCCGUGAACGAUGUGGUGCUCUACAAGUUCCAUAUCCUUUCGGAAUGGAUAGUACAAACUGCUACUUGGGAGAAAAGUUUUUGAUCACAUGCAACGAAACUUCCCAGCCUCCCAAAGCAUUCCUAAUGAAAGGUAAUCUCCCUGUCGCUGACAUAUCCCUUGAUGGUGAAUUGACCGUCAUGAUGCGUGUGGCCCGAGAUUGUUACACUAAGCAGGGAAAAAAUUUCCAAAAUUGGAACUCUACGAUAUGGGUGCCUCAAUUCACCAUAUCUUCUACCAAAAACAAGUUCGUUGCAAUUGGCUGCGACACCAAUGCAUUUGUUCAAGCCAACAGGGUUGAAGAAAGAUAUGCAACUGGUUGUAUAUCUUUUUGUAACAGCACUCAUGGUUUUAACAAGUCCUGCUCCGGCAGCGGUUGUUGCAAAGCGCCCAUCGCCAGCGGACUCAAAAAUGUUACAGUCCAGGUGAAUAGCUACUAUAAUCACAGAGAUAUAUGGGAUUUUAACCCAUGUAGCUAUGCCUUUGUCGUUGAAGAAAGCAAGUUCAAUUUUUCCCUAGCAAUCCUCCAAAAAAUGGACAAGGAACAAGUGCCACCACGGCGUCCAAUUGUUAUUAAUUGGGCAAUUGGGAAAGAUGAUAAGAUCGACCGCUGCGAAGAAGCUAAAAACCGAGUCAACUACGCUUGCAAGCAGAACAGUGAAUGCGUGGGUGUCGACGAUGGGUCUGGUGGUUACCGUUGCAAGUGCUUAGAAGGUUACCAAGGGAAUCCAUACCACCCGGAUGGCUGUCAAGAUAUUGAUGAAUGCCAUAACUCAAACCCCUGCGAACCUGGAAAGUGCAGUAAUUCACCUGGCAAAUGGAAGUGUAUUAGAUGUCCAAAGGGGUACAAUAAUAAUGGAACGGCCUGCACGAAAAGCAACAAUGCUACCGAUCAAUCUAAGAGACAUCUCUUGCUCUAUAGUAUACUAGGAGUAUGUCUUACCUUAUCAGUUGCAAGUUCAAUAUUAUGUUGGGGAAUGAAGAAAAGAAAGCUGAGCAAAUUGAAAAAGAAGUUCUUCGAGCAAAAUGGUGGAAUAAUGUUGCUUCAACGACUCCCAGAUCUUGAAACAGCCAAAAUUUUCACUGCAGACGAACUUAAAAGAGUCACAAACAACUAUGAUGAAAACAGAGUUAUUGGUGAAGGAGGCUAUGGAAAAGUUUACAAGGGAAUAUUAUCAGAUGGCCAAGAAGUUGCUAUAAAGAAGUCCAAAAUUGGUGACGAAUCACAGACUGCACAGUUUAUCAAUGAAGUGAUGAUUCUUUUGAAAAUUAAACAUAAGAAUAUUGUUAAAUUUGUAGGUUGUUGCUUAGAGACAGAAGUUCCUUUACUUGUUUACGAGUUCAUUACUAAUGGAACUCUUUUCCAACAUAUUCACAAGAAAGGAAAAGCUUCUGCACUUCCAUGGAAGUUGAGAUUGAAGAUAGCAUCAGAGACUGCAGCAGCACUUGCAUAUUUACAUUCUGCAGCUUCUACGGAGCCCAUUGUACAUAGAGAUGUGAAAACGUCAAAUAUACUAUUAGAUGAGAAUUACAUUGCGAAAGUAUCGGACUUUGGAGCUUCAAAGCUGAUUCCUAUUGACCAAAAUCAGCUACCAACUUUGGUACUUGGAACACGUGGGUACUUAGACCCAGAAUACCUCCAGUCAAGCCAGUUAACAGGAAAGAGUGACGUAUAUAGCUUUGGAGUUGUUUUAGCUGAGCUACUAACAAGCAAGAAAGCAGUUUUCUUUGAUAGGGCUGAGGGUGAAAAAAACCUAGCAAUGCUGCUUCUCGGGGCAAUUAAAGAUGGUUGCUUGCCUGAUAUUCUUGACGGUGAAAUUGUGGAUAAAGAAAAUGCCGAGGAAUUAAAAAAAGUGGCCAAUCUUGCAAAAAUGUGUUUAAGUGUGAAAGGGGAAGAAAGACCUACCAUGAAAGAAGUUGCAAAUGUGCUGGAGGCACUGGUUAACUUGGAGAAACAUCCAUGGGGAAAAGUUGAUUUAAGUGGAGAAGAGCUUGGUUCAUCUUCAAACACUUUUGAAAAUUCUAGUGGUGAAAGUGGUAUGAGGAGCGGUGCAACUAGUGGGUAUGAUAGCACGCAAAUCCAAAUUGCAAGCCCAUAUAAUGAUGCUCGAUAGACAUAAUCGAUCAGCUGGUUAUGAUUGCUGAGCUGCUGGGAUGUAUUAAAUGAUGAAUUGUUGACAGAGUUUCAACAUCAACAAGAAGUGCUAUUUGUUCUAGAAUGAUGUUAGUCUAGUAGCUAUUAAGAGAAGGAAGCGCAGCGUCUUCCUCUGUUUGCUUAUGCUGAAAUAUCUCUCUGUCUUUCUUAGCUUUUCCAUUUUCUUGCUUUAUUCUCAAAUCUUUAUUUGUAUUACUACAUGUGUGGUUUUGUCGAACAUAUAUAAAUACAAAUAUCCACAUACUUCCUCUGAA